CUUCCUGCUGUAGAAUUGGAGUCAGAAAUACUGUGUUGGAGCCUUGGAGCAUUAAGAAUGAUCGGAGUACUACUCCAUAACAUAAAAAAAAACAAACAAAAACAUAAUGGCUAUUUUGUUUAAGCUCUCGCCGAUGUCGUACAAACAUAAACGCAGACAGCAAACUUAUAGCGCUGGAUAAUAAAUCACGUUGCACGCUCCCAGUCGGACUGCAUUUGACUGCUAUGGGGAGGGGGCGUGUCUGUCUGCGAGUAGUAGGCAGAGCUGAUUGGCUGGCACGUUCGAAUGUGAGUUUUUUAAAUCUCUCCGGUGACGCAUCAACUCGGCAGCAGCGGCAGUGUAUUUGCCCAGUCCUUCCCGUCAGGAUGAGAACGAGCGAAUUCGACUCCUCAGACGAGGAGGAAGAGGAGCAGAGUCAGCUACAGAUCUCCUGGUUAUCCCUGUCGGUCGUGGGCAGCUCCCAGGUCCUGGGCAUAUGUGCCCUGCCAGGGUGUAAAUUUAAAGACGUGAGACGGAAUCUACAGAAAGAUAUAGGAGAGCUGAAGGCACAGGGGGUGCAGGAGGUGUUUGUGUUCUGCACGCGCGGGGAGCUCAGUAAGUACCGCGUCCCACAGCUCCUGGACUCCUAUAGGCAUCUGGGGCUGGGCGUGCACCACCUCCCCUUCCCCGACGGGAGCGCUCCGGAGCUGGGACAGUGCUGCCAGAUCCUGGGGGAGCUGCAGGAGAGCCUGGAGAGCAACCGCAGGACCGUCAUCCACUGUUAUGGAGGUCUUGGCCGCUCUGGCUUAAUUGCUGCCUGCCUCCUGCUGAGGCUGUCCCACUCCCUCACCCCGGAGAAGGCCAUCGAGCUCCUCCGAGAGCAGAGGGGACCCGGAGCCAUUCAGACAGUCAAGCAAUACAACUUCUUGCACGAGUUCCGGGAGAAGUUCACAGAACACCAGGCAGCAGAAGAGGAUUCAACAACAAGAUCUGUUUCAAGAUAAAGAUUUAAAACAUCAAAAAAAGAACUUUGGUGGGCCCGAGCCACACAUUGGUCUCUGUGUGAGUGAGAGCGAGUCCAGGGAAUACGAUUCCCUCGAAUGUGGGAGCUAAUUUGUCUUUGCCCUGGACUAACAGUGUCUCUUGAUUUCUGGAUUUCUUUGUUAUUCUUGUCACUUGGUGACAGUGUUGGUGUGGCUGCAUGAUGGGGUGCGCUUGGAUGAAUGCUUCUAAUAAUUCGGAGCACCUUCUUUGUUUUACACUUUUAUUACUUUUCCAGGGAAUGGUGCGGCUCUAUCUCUCAGAUCUAUUGAUAAUAUAGAAUUACAGUCUUUUCAGAUUACUGUUUUUGUUGGAAGAAUAUUAAUGCUACUGGCUGUAUAUAUAGAUAUAUAUAUAUAUAUAUAUUUUUAAAUAUAAUUCUCUGGUUGAAAUAA